AUGGAGCCCGUGUUCAGCUUUUUUCAGCCGAUAAAUGACGGCCACCCGAAAACCUUGAGUUGGUCUCCAACCGAUGAGGGUGAAGGAGUGCCGAUAUUGAUUGGAAUGCCGGCUUUAUGGGUGAUAAUGGCCACUCAACAUCAAAUGAUCACCAAUCCGAUUGCCUAUCAUCAAACGAGAAAGAUUUCCGGUUUAACUCAAUAUCUCAUCCAAUCAAAGCAGCUAUCCGCAUUUUAUCUCCGUUCUCCAAAAGUUUCCUUUCAACUUUAUCGAGUCAAGUUGAUCAUCACUGUCAAUGAACUCCAGAAAUCGAUUUUCUUAAGCCUAUCGGAUUAUUUUAUUCCCUUAGCUCUAGAAGAUAAUCCAUUUCUUUGUCUAACCCAGAAAUGUUGCUUUACAAACUUUUUAUGCAACAAGUUCCGCUAUCGAGUGAGUGUGGCAUUUUUGAAGGAUUUUCAAGCACCCGGGUUUGGAUGGGAUUCAAUGGAAAGAGUUUCUCAUGAGGAAUUUCGCGAAAAUCUCCGACAAAGGCUUUUGUUUCAAUGGGGGAAUUAUAUUUCAGAGAAUGGAUGUGAGACGAAUAAAUCAGGUUUAUGGGAUCUCCGGAGUUUGUUGAUGAUCUUCUAUGAUUGGGAAAAGGCUUGUGUUGAUGGGAGUCACUUUAUGGCGCCCACAGAAUUCGCACACCGAAUCACGAAGAAUGAGGUUUUCCCCGGUCGAUCCCCUCCAAGCAUUCCCCGUCUGAAAUGGCAACUCGUUUACAAUAAACUCCACGACGGUCCCCUCAUCGGUUGUCCGGGUCUUUUCUUCUCCACCACUUUAUUUCAAAAGGGUUUGGGCAACAAGAGUCCGUUUCCAAUUGGCGGCAAAUCCAAUGCAGGAUAUCAUCGGGUUACAAUACCAUUAAAGUUCUUGGAGAACAAUCAAAUGUGGUAUCAAAGGAACCCCAGUCCUCGAUGGAAGGGAAACCGUCGGAAGAACUCUUUUCAAUACCAAGUCUUGCUCAUUCUCGCCGAUGAGAAAGACGCUCAACACUUUCAAAAUUUACCUAAAUAUUACGAGCCCUUCAAUUUCCGAUUACCAAAUCCAUUCUUGUAUCUGAGAAAUGAAAAAUGGUGGGCAAACAAUCAAAACUCGAUUCGGAUUGAUGAAUUGGAGAUAAGGUAUACAGUGAGUUUGGUGUUGUUGAAGGAUUUCGAGUGGAUUGAUGGGUGUGAAUGGAAAGGGGAUGUGAGGAAAUUGAAUGAUUGUACAGCGAUGAAUAUCGAUGAUAAUAUUGGGGCAAGAGAUGAGCUGGCGAUGAUGGUUUUGAGGCAAUGGGGAGGUUAUCAAUCAAGAAUGCUCACCUCGACUCAACAAAUCUUCAAGUCUUUCAAUUGUCCCAAAUGUGACACGCCAUACUCGAAAACGGCAGGCGCAGAGAAUACACCAACGAGCACUAUUUGCCCUAAUAAACAAGAAAUUUUGCUCGCUGGAGUCGAUCGGCCGGUCGCGCAUCAAUGCGGUGCAAAGAGUUGUUUUGAUCGUGAGCCAACUCCAUCGUAUUACUUAAUGGAGCUGCUCUCAAGUGGGGCUUUCAAAUUGGAUCGGCAAGGGAAAGGAUAUGUGCAAACAACCCAAUCAAUCACAAUUCCGGAGUGUCCGGUUUGUAAAGAAGAAUAUUCGUUGAGAGGCACCAAGAAUGAGCCAUGGAGGCUCGCUUGUGGACAUGCUGUGUGUAAUGGAUGUUUUACCCAGGCCCGUUUGAGCGACGAUUCCACCUUCAAGUACGAUUACAACUGCCCACUGUGCCAAGAGUACAGUUGUUAUUCCAAGACAUCGUCGGAAAAUCAACUUAAAACCUUUCUGCGAGAACUUGACGAAAGAUCGACGCAAAAAGAAGCUGAAAUGAAAAGCAUUUGUGAAGAUUGUAGAACAGAGGCGUCUCUCCUCGAAAUGUUCCAAUGCAUGGAUUGUGGGGAUAAAAUGUUAUGCCCUCGAUGUUCUUGCAAGAAUCAUCGUCUUCAUCAGAUUAUCGAUCUUGAAGUUGUGGAGGUGAAGAGACUGGGGAAAGUGACUCGCGAAACGAUCAUUCCACAAAUUGAGGCCUACAAUGUCUGUUUCCCGGAACUCCAAUCGUGUUUGACCAAGAAUUUCAAUGAGUGCCAAAAGAAAAUUCUCAGUCGAACCGAUCAACUCUGUUACCUCAAUGGAUUUGCAAAAGCAAAGGAGCAACAGGAGGCUUGCCUGGCAUUUGGCGAGAGAUUCGAGACGAUUUGCGAGAAAUAUUUGGGUGAAUUGCGGUCAUUCAACACCGGUAUUGAGAAGCUCAUCGAUGACAUCAACGAGUUGCCAAAA